GCCUGGAUGGGCAGCUCCAAGGCGGGGCCUUCGGGAUUUAUUUAGUUCACCGCUGCAGCCGAUGCCUUUAGUGCCACAAACCGCCCUGGAGACAAGUCCUAAUCAUCUGGGGGGGUGAUUAUGUUCAGUUCUUCCUCCCCAAACCCCCCAGACACAAUUCAGAUCCAAACUGGAGAGACAGGCAGGCACACAAGAGGGGAACCCGGCACCGCGCAGCCCCUCCGAAGCCAUGUACAGGAGCAGCUUCCUCCGCGAGGUGCGCAAGGAGAAGUACGAGCGGUCGGACGCCUACGAUGAGCUGCGAGGCUCCCCCGAAUUCGAUAGUUUGGCCCAAGCCCGGGGCCUGGAGAAUCUGCAGGAGCUCAACGAGCGCUUCGCCAGCUACAUCAACCGGGCGCGUGUGCUGGAGCAGCGCAACACCAUCCUGCGUAAGCAGCUGGAGACCUUCCAGCGCAUGGAUGAGCUGGUGGGCCUGGACGAAGCAUUCGCCGGGCAGAUCGAGUUCAACCGGCAGCGGAUGCGGGAGCUGGCCUCAGACAGAGCCAAGCUGGAGCGGGAGGAGAAGGAUGCCCAGCGCAUGCUUGAUGAGUAUCGCAACAAGUAUAGAAAUGAACGUGAAUAUCAGCAGAGGCUAAAAGAAACCCUUGAGCGUCUUAAUAAGGAAGCUGAUGAAGCAUUGCUGUGCAACCUGGAGCUGCAGAUAGAGUCCCAGUUCCUGCAGGAUGAUAUUAAUGCCACAAAGGACAGAUACAAGAAGAACCUCAUGGAAAUCCAGACCUACGUCAAUGUUUUGCAGCAGAUCAUCCAGACAACCCCUCGCGUGUCCCCCAUAACCACUGGCAUAUGUGAGGAAAAAGUGAUAGCAGAGAGGAGGAUCCCUGUUCUGCAGAGCCAGCUGGAGGAAUACAAGAGCAUCCUCUGCCAGCUACAGGCGCAGAAAUACAAGCUGCAGACAGAGACAACCAUGCUGGAGCAAGCAAUUAAAAACACCCAGGAGAGUUAUGACGACGAAAUUCAGCUUUACAAUGAGCAGAUUGAAAACCUUAGGAAGGGAAUAGAGGAGGCUGAGAGGAUCUUGGAGAAGUACACGACCGACUGCCGCCAGUUGGUGAUCUACCAGCAGUCCCUGGAGAACGAGCUGGAGCGAUACAAGCGGAUCAUCGAGAACGAGGACAGCCGGUUAAAUUCUGCUAUAGCAGGAACCCCAGUCACACUCUUCACACAGAUCUACAGGCCUGCCCAGCCCCAAGUUUCGAGGGGAAGAGAUAUCACCCAAGCCAUGCAAGACAUUGCCAGUGUAAAGCCCAGACAAAAAGCACUGACAAAGAAAAUUGCCAGGAAAAAGGAGCUGAUGUCAAAAGACAAAACUGACAGUCACUCACCUGAAAGAAUGUAUGAAAGAACUCUGGAAGGUUUUGACCAAGAUCAGAUGGAGUACAGACACGAAGGCUCAAUCAGGUGUGAACCUGGGCAGGAAGGUUCAGAAUUUGAUGAAAAAGAAAUGGGCCCAGAGGAUGUACCUGAUGGAGCCCAGAUAAGUAAAGCCUUCGAUAAAUUGUGUAACAUUGUGAGGGAGAAAAUAAGAGUCCACAAGAAACCAGAGGCUAAGCCUGAAGCCCCUCCCAAAGGGCGUUAUGUGCUGGUGACAGGGGAGGAAGGCUAUGAAGAACCAUGCAUCUUGGCCCCCUCUAUCCCUGCUCCAGGAGGGAUCACAGUUUCCACUGGCAACGGGAAGGUGAUGAAUGGUGGGGAGGUGGAGCCCAUUCCGGAGCUGCCAGAACCUGCCGAACCAUCAGAAAAAGAGAAAGCAGAUAUCUGUGAAAGGAGAGAAGGGUUUGAAAUCUCAGAUAAACAGAGAGAGGAAGAGAGAGAAGAGGUGCUUGAAUGGGGCAAAAAAACAAGAGGAAAAAUCGAGCAAAUCACAAAGUAUCCGGACAUCUCUGAGCCUGAGACAGUUCCUUCCCCUGGUCUGAUAAGCCCAACCGAGCCAGGACUCCUUCGAGAGACAGAAUAUGAGCGAGAAGACAAGCAGGGCCUUUUGUUCAGGGAAGCAGCCUUGCCUGGCUCUAUGAGCUACGAGAAGGUGGAGGUGGUGGAGUCCAUCGAGAAGUUUUCAGAUGACAGAAUUCAGACAUAUGAAGAGACAGCGAUGAUUGUUGAGACAAUGAUAGAGAAGACAAGCAAGAAGAAACCAGGAGACAAAGGCUCUUAAGUGACACAUCCCCUUGAUAGUCAACUUGUCUGGCAUAGUUAUUAUAAGACUGCUUGUUUUUUUUUCCUGACCGAAUGAUACAGUAGUGAGAUUUUUGCUGUUUGGUAUGGAACAGAUUGAAACCUUGAUGACAAUUCUGUCUGAUGUAGGCUCACCUUUGGUGCAACGACCAUUAGCAUGCUCCAGGGUAAAUCCUAUGCAACUGAUUUUCAUGAUUAGGACUCACUGAAAGUAACUAUUAUGACAGAGCUGCCUGGCUUUCCACAGUAUCCGGGACAAAUUUGCAUAUUCCUCUACUGCUCCUAUAACCACCAUACAAUUCCCCAUCUCUGAGACAGCUGCAAAUGUUAACUUGUGACAUCUGGUUCAUUUAAUAAAAGUUUUGCCUUCUAC